UCAUCUCGUUCGUUGCGAGAUUUCGGAGCGUGCAUGCACGACGGCCUUUGCAUCUUUUCUGCGGACAACAGGAGCAAUUAUGCAAAAGUGUCCAUCUUGUCCGAAGUGCUGUAGCUUUUAUUCAACCAAAGAUGCACCUAAAUUCAACAGAAAUCCAGUAUUACUUCAUUGUGGACACACUUUUUGUGCAGCAUGCCUCAACAAGCUAGCCAGAGAAAACAAGACAAGUAUUACAUGUCCUACCUGUCAGGUUCCGUCUCCUAUCAGUGACGAUGGAAUUAAAAGUCUGUGGCCAGAUGUAUACACAACAGGCAUGAUAGUGUGUAACCAAAAGAUCCUCUUAGAUCAAGAACUGAGUAAAUUGACACCAGCUGGAAUGAAUAUGCAAUCCAAGAGAGAUUAUUCUCUGACUGAUAAAAGAGCAGAGAAGUUAUGUCGUGAAUGUUGUAGAAGACUAGCUACCUGUAAAUGUGACAGAUGUGAUUUCAUCUUGUGUAAGAUCUGUUUUAAUCAGAUUCAUGGCUCAUCUAAUACUCUCCGACAACAUCAAGCUAUACCUUUAUCACAGGAAGAAAGUAACACCACUUGCCAGUUAGAAGUCUCCUCUACAUGUGCCAUACACGAUGGUAAACUGAUAGAGUAUUAUUGUGAGGAUGACCAUACACCAGUCUGUUCAAGAUGUGUUAUCACUGGAGAACAUAAAAACCAUUCUAUAUUGUCUAUGGAAGAAAAGAAUAAAGUUGUCGUCUCGGAAAUGGAACCAGCUAUGCAGACUGCUAGUAGAGUUAUUAAAAAGUUGAAAAAGGCAGAGAAGUCCCUCUCAGGGUUAUUACCCGACAUGAAGGGGGAAACCACAGAAGUCAUACAAGAGAUCACCACCUAUUACACUGGUCUACAUGGAGUUUUACAGGCAAGAGAGAAACAGCUAAUACAACAAGUAUAUGAUGCAUUUAAGGCCGGAGUGGAACCAUUACAUGACCUGAAACAAGAAAUGCAGGACAAUCUAAAACAGUUAGAGAGUGCAGUUAAAGCUGCCCAACGAGUUCUCAGUAACAGUGAUGAAGUGGUAUUAAAUGCUAAAGACAUUCUACAACAACUACAACGGUCCAGAGAAAUUCCCUGUAUAGUGGAACCUAAACAACAAGAAUCUUCUGAAAGAAUAAGAUUUGAGAAAGACCACAAACUGAUGGAAGAAAUCAUUGGGCAUGGUAUGAUCACUGGUACAGUUCCUUCAAAAGCUGCCUAUUUUACCCUGUCAGAUAAGCCUGAAUGUCUGGUGUUUGAUGAUACAGACAGUACUGGUACCCAGACACCCAGUGAUUCAGUAAGUGUGGUAUCCAGACUAUCAGAGGAUGUUAUCCUAGAAGAUCAAUCUAUAGAUAAUUCUCAAGGCAGUACCAGAAGUAUGACCCCUGACCUUGAUAUUAUUCCAUCAAAGGGGGAGAAGAUCAGAGGCUCAUCAACACCAGUUAUCGUCACUCAUGUUAGAAAUCCAUGUUUAUUUAUGGUACAGAAAUGUUCAGAUCAGAAUAUUCUAAAUAAGUUAUCUAAAGCCAUCAACUCGUAUGCCAGGAGUCCUGUGGCACCUAUACCGAAAAAACUGGCCAGAGGAGAUAUGGUAUUAUCCAAGUUCAAAGAUGAUAAGUGGUAUAGAGCCAGAGUAAGAGACGUCAAUGAAGGGAGUACUUAUAAAAGUACAAUGGUAGAAGUUCUUUAUAUAGAUUUUGGGAACUCCCAGAAAGUCCCAUUAGAUAGAAUAAGAACUAUACAGCCAAAGCAUUCUAAACAACCUGAGUUAUUAAUAGAAUGCUGUCUACAUGAUAUAAGACCAGCUAAUGAGACUGGCGCCUGGUCUGAAGAGUCUAUAUCAACCUUUGUUAAAAUGACAGAAAAUCACACCCUUAAUCUAGUGGUUGUGAGAGAAGUGAACAAUGUCCUACAUGUUGACCUCAGUAAACCACCAAAUGAAGACAUAAAAGAUGACAGACCAAUAUCAGUGAGAGACAGUCUUGUCUUCUUAGAACUUGCUAAAUUCAUCUCUCCAGACUCUGGCAAUGUAGUUGGUCAGACUGCUACGAGACGUACAUUUAUAAAACCAGAACCAAAGAGCCGAGGUUGUUCAUUUACAGGGUUAGUGACAUGUGCUGGAGAUCCAUCAGCAUUCUAUGUUCAAGAGAUAACAGAAGACUCCACAUAUUUUGCCCAACUGAUGGGACAGAUGCAGGAUAGAUACAACAGAGAUAUGGGAGAUUUAUGGUUUAUAUAUUGUCCACAGAUGGAUAUGCCAUGUGUUUGUAAAUACUCUGGGGAUGACAUGUGGUAUAGGGCAAAGGUCAUUGGUAUCCCAGGUAACAAACAGGUAGAUGUCCAGUAUGUAGACUUUGGAAACACAGAAAGAGUUCCGUAUUGGAGACUUAGAAAACUACUUGACCAUUUCAUCAUGAUGCCAGUACAGGCUUUACCAUGCAGAUUAACAGAUAUCACUCCAGCUAGCACAGACUGGUCAUCAGAGUGUAAUAGUUGGUGGAUAAGAAAAGUGACAAUGAAAGUUUUCUCUGUACAUGUUACAGAUGUAAAAGGACCUGAACUAAAUGUGAUAUUACAAGAUGACACGGGUAUUUGUACCAUUAAUGGUGAAUUGGUUGGAGCAGGACAUGCCAUCAGUACGGGUAAAGGGUCUUCAGCUGUGCCUCCUCAGUAUUUACAGCCAGUGAUUGACAGUUCAGAUGAAAGUGUGUCUGUACGAAGUGAAUCAUUAUCAUCAAGAUCUACAGGAUCUUAUGUUACACCUAUCAGCUCUCCACUGAAGCUAGAAACAUCACCACACCCACUCAGGCAACAACAAUCAGAAUCGCCUGCUAGACGGGAUAUCAGUCUGUCACUUAAUAAACAACCUCAGUCAGGAGCAUGUCCAGGGAGACAACAGCCUCCAAGACAACAGCAAUCACCUGCAAGACAUGAUGUUGGUCUGUCACCAAAACAACCACAAUUACGAUUAUCACCUGGUAGAGAUGUGACAUCAAGCUCUCCUGUGAAAUCAUUGUCUCCUCAGAAAGAAAAGUCAGAUUCUCCAGAAAAAUAUCAUAAAAGUACAAGUAGUUCAGGAGAGGAAUCAUCAAAAUCAUCUUUGCGUCUUGAUGUUGAAAAAGCCAAGCAGCACACCCCUAUCCCCUCUCCUGGUAAAGCUAGUGACACAUCUGACCCUGAAUCCCCAGCUGUGGAGCUAGAAGUUAUCAUCAGUCAAUUCACAUCACCCACAGAUUUCUAUGUACAGCUGGCUACUGCAGGAGAAAAUGGUCUCAAUAGUUUAAUGGAAGACAUAGGAAAUGAGUAUCGUCUGAGUGAGGAUCAGUGGGUCACGUGGGAGGUUGGAAACUUCUGUGCAGCCAGGCAUUCCGAUGAUAAAAGAUGGUACAGAGCUAAAAUACUCAGUAUGCCUCAUAAAACUAUAGCAGAGGUGUUUAUGGUGGAUUAUGGUUAUAUUUGUCAAGUUGGCGUAUCAGAGAUUAGACCUCUACAGAAGCCAUUCCUAAAACAGAUGUGUUUUGCCUUUUCUUGUCAUUUGGCAGAUAUUGUGUCAGCUGGAGACAUGAAAAAAUGGUCUAGAACAGCUUGUGAAUUCAUGGCAGAGGAAGUAAAAAAUAUGAAAAUGUAUAUCCAGAAAAAGGGAAAUACCCAGAAUGAUUCAUUACCUAUUGAUCUGUUGAUGGAGGAAGACAUUUCUGAGACAGCUUUAGAGCCUUCCAGAAAACAUUAUUACAGCCUCACUGAUAAGCUGAUAGAAAAAGGUCUUGCUAUUCCAAUCAACAGAAGGAAGAAGAAAAUUUUAGUUGAAGCUGAAGCUGCUAAAAUAAAGAAGAUCCAGCCUGUAAGUUACUGGAAGCCAGCAGUCAAGCCAAUGAGUUCCUCUAUACUGGGCAUGCCAGCUUAUGUUGAUUUUGAAGGAAUCAUUUGGGUACAGGAACUAAAGGAAAAUGAAGAUACUCUAUACAGUAUGGUAAAUAGAUUACAGGAGAAGUUUGUAGAUUCUGAACCACAUGGUAGAGAUGAGAUAAGGUGGCAGGAAGGACAAGCUUGUAUUGCCGUGUUUCAUCUAGAAGAAAAGUGGCAUAGAGCUAGAAUAUUGAAAGUGGAGCCACAUAGAAUACAGGUUGAGUUUGUAGACUUUGGUAAUGUGGAAUAUAUAAGAUAUGACAACAUUAGAGCUGAUGUGCUGGAGUUUAUAGAGAUACCUAUACAAUGUAUGGCCUGUAUGUUACACAAUGUAAUACCUGUAACAACAACAGGUAAAUGGCCCGUACCUACCCUGGAUAAGAUGCACACGAUGGUAGUUAACAAGCCUUGUGUCAUAGAUAUAAAGAGCAGAGAAGUAGACCGUCCAUUAGAAGUUAAUAUAACCCUGCCAGACAAGAAGGAUCUCAGUACAAUACUAUACAAGAAAGGUUUAUGUUACAGGACAAAUGAUGUCACAUAUAGAGUAGAAACCAGCAAUAAGAUCGGCAGAAUUUUAUCAUCUAAAAGGUUGGCCUAUCCUAAAGUAAAGUUGGCACCUAAGAAUGAAUAUUUUAAUGUGUGUAUCACUAAUGUAGAAGCUCCUGAUGUGAUCUAUUUCCAACAUUGUAAACAAGAGGAGAACAAUGAUGAGAGAACUGAUGAAAUCAACGAACAACUGACAAGACUUCAAAUAAUAUCUGUAGAACUGAACCAAGUAGCUCAUAACUUCAACACAUUACCUAUACCUAAACCAGGUUUGCCAUGUUUAGGACAAUACACUAUGGAUAACAGUUGGUAUAGGGGACUUAUAAUUGAAGUUGAUCCUGAGAUCCUACAAGCCAGAGUUCUAUAUGUUGACUAUGGAAACUCAGAGAUACUCACAUUUGACAGACUAAGAGCAUUACCUAUUCAAUUUCUUGAUCUACCAGCACAAGGUGUCAGAAUGAAACUGAAUGAGGUCAGGCUACCAACAGGUCAGAAAUACUGGACUGAAGAUGUCCUCAAAGCAAUGGUUGCUGAAGUAGAAAACAGACCUUUUAUGGCAUGUUUGAAGACACAUAGCCCAGUGACUGGUGAUUUAUUGAAGAUAUCUGACGCUCCUGGAGAACCACUAGAGUUGGCGUACCAGUCAUUGAUAAACCAGGGGUUGUUACAGGCACCAGAUGAUAACCAGUUAUUUGAUGAGGGUCUAAUUGGUCAGAUAGAAGAUGAUGUAAUAAUUGAGAGAGAAGAAGUUGUUGAUUUAGAUACCUCAACAAGUACAACUAAGGGAGAUAACUCUUUCUUGAAUGAAGAUCUGACUGUUCCUGAAGAAAGAAUAAGAACAAAAUCAUGGAGUGACCAAUGUGAUGAUGAAGACUCGCUUGAUUGAAGUUUGACCAAAUUAGAAAUUAACUGGUGUGGUUAUUUUCGUCAAUUGAAGCUUGGCCAAAUUAGAAAUUAUUGUGAUUGUUUCAUUUAUGAAAAUUGAGUGAAAGAAUUUUCAACAUGAGAUUGUUGUUCUCAGCUUUAUCAGCUGGUACUAGAAGAAGAGACUUUAUUUCACCAAUGUAUAAUUGGUUAUACUAGAGAAUACAUCAACUGACAGUGAAGGUCUUUGUUGAUUGUGUAUGUACUUUGUUACAAGUGAUAUAAAGAGUCAUACUUUAUGAUGUGCAAUAUCAUUGUAUUAUAUCAUUAAAACAACUUUAAUGGUUACCUUUUUAGAUUCCAAACAAUGAGAUAUGAUUAAACAUGGUCAUAUUUCUUCUUUACUUUAUAAAAUGUCAAAUUCAAAUUUUAAAAGACCAGAGGAAAAGAUCAUUGUGACUUAAACAUUUGAUUCGAUAGUCCUUUUUGUAAAUGGUUUGUUUUUUGUGUUACGUGGACAUUAUUUUUCUAUUUUUCUAAUGUCUGGUUUGGAUCAAAUGUUUACACUUAUAUUACUAGAUUAGAAAGAUUUUAAAGUUUCAUCAUCAUCAAAAAAGAUUUAUUAUCAUUUUAAUUACAAAAUUAAUUAGCUUGUUACGAAUUUCUCUCUUUUUGCAAACCUUUCUGGCUUAUUGAUAAGGAUACAGCCUCAAUUGAGUGUAAUAGGUUUUUUGAUUUGAGGAUCAUGUUUUUCCAUGAAAUAGAUUAAAUUUAAACCUGAACAGAUAUUGUGAUUUCUUACAGUAUUUAUAUAUUUUUGAAUACUUGUAACUGUAGACAGGGCUUUAUUUAAAUUUUUUAAUUGAUGCCGAAAUAUGGCUUUGAUAAAUGUGAAAAACACAUUUUUAUCUGACUUGUUAGCUCACUUGUAUAAUUCUAGUCAUGUUUUAUAUGCAUCAAUAUAUUUUAUUUACACCUAUCCAGUAGGAUAAUUUCUGCAAAACACUUAUCUGCCAUGAAUGCUUGCUAUUCCAAGACAAAUAUACAUCCUUAAUUUGUCUAUUUGCAUUUACCUUCUGUGUAUUACAAAUCAUAUCUAGCUAGGUUAGAUAUAGAAUUACAUGACAAGAAUUUUGCAGCUUAUAACUUCUUACCAAGGUAUAUUUGUGUCACCUGACUUCAAAGAUUAAGUGACUAAUAGUUAUUCGAUGUGUUGUUUCUGUACUUUGUCAAAUUUUAUACAACUACCUCAAAACAGCACUUCAGAAUUUAACCUAUGUUUCUUAUCCUUUUUUAUAUGUCAAAUUUUCUUUGAUUAUUUUGGCUUAAUAAGGAGAGUGAGUGUCUGAAUGAAUUUAGUAUAAAGCAGAAACUUUUUAGUAAGAAGUAAUUAAGUUUAGAUUUUAAACUGCCCAUAUCCAGUUUGACCUUACUUAUUAAUUUUGAUGCAGUCUACAAAAUAAGAACAGUAAUGCCUCCUUUUUGACAGCAUUCCAGAGUUUUUGAACUUGUUUUUCUUAAAAUGAUAGAUAUUGUGUAAAAUGAUGAUUGCCCAAUUUCGUAGGAAAGAUUAUUUAGAUAGUUCAUGACAUUUCAUGUGUUUAAGAAUGUAUAUGAAUAUGAAGAUUAUAUAAUUGGCAAUUGAACUCUCAACCUGGUAUAAUUUGUUCUUGAUUAUGUUAUUGUUAGAAAAUACUGAACAAUUUGUUAUAAUGUAUAUUUACAUUACAUUUGAAUAAUGCUGUUUAUCAAGUUUGGAUCUGAGCGAUAUAUUUAUGAUGUACACUUUUUUUUAUCAACUAUUAUUUUCAGUGUGUUAGAGGGAAGACUCAUUUUCAUUUCAUCUGUUUCAUUUUCAUUUUUUUAAGAUUUCAGAAAAUAAAAAUUUUCAAGUAAUUA